AUGUGGUAUACCUUAUAUAUCGUGGCAGGCACCGUGGUGUGCGGAUGUCUCAAUUCGUUACUUACCAAAUACCAGGACAACCAAUGUGUGGUCAACUGCUCCGAUCCAGAUAUCUCCAAGCACAAGAACUUUGAGCAGCCAGCGAUCCAAACUCUUCAGAUGUUCAUCGGAGAACUUGCUAUUUACAUAGUCUACUACAUUCUCAACAAGUCGAGGCUCUCCAGCAGGGCCCAAUACGAGCCAAUUGAAGACAGUCAGGUGGCCACGAGAUCCAAGAGCCUCUUACUCGCCAUCCCAUCAGUAUGUGACAUGUUGGCCACUACCUUCAUGAAUGUGGGCUUGAUGUAUACACCUGUGUCCAUUUAUCAGAUGACCAGAGGCGCUGUAGUGCUCUUUGUCGCUGUACUUUCUGUCUUGUUUCUCAAGAGAAGAAUCAGAAAAUUGGAAUGGAUUGCCUUGUUGGUGGUCACGUUAGGUAUUGCCAUUGUGGGAUAUAGUGGCUCCAACAAGCAAUCUGCACCAGAAGAUGCUGUUCUCGUGGUGAUAGGCAUCUCGUUGAUCAUCGUGGCAGUGGUGUUCCAGGCUGUGCAAUUUGUAGUGGAGGAAAAGAUCUUGGCCCACUAUGAGUUUACUCCCUUGCGCUUGGUAUACACUGAAGGUUUCUUUGGUGUGGUGAUUUUGGUUACUGCGCUUAUCGUGUUGAACUUCAUUGUUGGAGCAGUGCAAAGCCCAGCAAAGUUUGCGGACUCUCCAUUCAACUUGCAAGAGUCACUCCAUCAGACGUUUUCGCUGAAAGAGGUUCUUACUUCGUCAUUGCUUAUCAUGGUCUGUAUUUCUAUGUUCAACUUUUGCGGUAUCUCCUUGACUCACCAAAUGUCAGCAACGGCCAGGUCCACCAUCGACAGUUGCCGUACGUUAUUGGUGUGGAUAGUUGCCAUGGUGCUUGGGUGGGAAUCGUUCCUGUUUUUACAGAGUAUUGGCUUUGCUACGCUUGUGUUUGGUACGUUGUGUUUCAAUGGAGUGUUGCAGCCAGAGGAUUGGAGUUGGGUUCCGCAGGUGUUGAAGGACAGCGAGCAUAGAAAGGAAUUGUUAAUUGAUGUUGUGGAUGAGCCUGUGGAUAGAAUGUAG